GUUUGAAAGCGUUCUAGUUGAUCCGCCGAUCAAUCCAUUCGAUCUGACGAUUGAAGUGACUCAAAAGAGUCGGCCAUUUGCGUUUGGAAGUGCUAUUGUGGCAGACAGAAUCAGUAGUACGGACGGCUCCAACCAAGCCUACCAGAACUUUUACUACAGCAACUUUGAAUGGGCUACGAUGGAGAAUGCUAUGAAGUGGCGACAGAUGGAAUUUACAAAGGUAAGCGUAACAGUGUUGACAGUUAAUAUGAAGUACACCCCCACCAUAAAUAUGGGAUGUACAAUGGUAAGUGUAACAGUGUUGACAGUUAAUAUGAAGUACACCUCCACCAUAAAUAUGGGAUGGACAAUGGUAAGCGUAACAGUGUUGACAGUUAAUAUGAAGUACACCCCACCAUAAAUAUGGGAUGGACAAUGGUAAGCGUAACAGUGUUGACAGUUAAUAUGAAGUACCCCCUCCGUAAAUAUGAAUUACAUCCUCACCAUAAAUAUGGGAUGGACAAUGGUAAGCGUAACAGUGUUGACAGUUAAUAUGAAGUACCCCCUCCGUAAAUAUGAAUUACAUCCUCACCAUAAAUAUGGGAUAGACAAAGGUAAGCGUAACAGUGUUGACAGAUAAUAUGAAGUACCCCCUCCGUAAAUAUGAAUUACAUCCUCACCAUAAAUAUGGGAUGGACAAAGGUAAGCGUAACAGUGUUGACAGUUAAUAUGAAGUACCCCCUCCGUAAAUAUGAAUUACAUCCUCACCAUAAAUAUGGGAUGGACAAUGGUAAGCGUAACAGUGUUGACAGUUAAUAUGAAG